UCAACUUGUACCUUGGUCGCCAUUUUGUGCAGGAGAUGAUGGAACCCCAGAGUUCCGCCGACUCUAUGGUUUUCUCCCCCGCAUUUCAGGGAUCGACCAAUCGUAGCCCAUCACUCGACGGGAAACUCCGCCUUUUACCCGCAUGGAGGCGGGAAUUGCCACGAAGCUCCUGUGGAGAGAGAGGAAGGAGCUGCGGAAAGCCAACUGAAAAGAUGCAGGCCAGCAGGUCCCUACUCAUGUCUCCGGCCGUGGUCCGCUGUUGUACCAGGGGCCUAUUCAGGCCUGCGUCUGCCUCCUUUCUGAGUAGGCCAGAGGAGUUACCUAAGCAGCCCCCCUACAGCAGCUCCCCACUGCAGGUCGCCAGGCGGGAGUUCCAGACCAGUGUUGUGGCUCGGGACAUUGACACGGCAGCCAAGUUCAUUGGCGCUGGGGCUGCCACGGUUGGUGUGGCUGGCUCAGGGGCCGGCAUUGGCACAGUGUUUGGCAGCUUGAUCAUUGGCUAUGCCAGGAACCCGUCUCUCAAGCAGCAGCUCUUCUCCUAUGCCAUUCUGGGCUUUGCGCUGUCCGAGGCCAUGGGGCUCUUCUGUUUGAUGGUCGCCUUCCUCAUCCUGUUCGCCAUGUGAGGCUCCGUCCUGGCUGCUUGGGCCCCAUGCCAUUCCUGGUGCUGGAGUGCUGAGCUGCACCAUUAAAUGACAUUUCUCUAAA